AUGGAAUCAGAGGGGGAUCAAAAUUUCAAUGAUAUAGACCCCACAUUGUUUAAUUUCAAUAGAUCUAUAUCAAUUAAUUCAAAUGAAUCACAAAUUUCAAAUCCAUCUUUGACUGGUGAAUUACAAGAUCAACAAAAUACAUCAGCAGGGCAAAAUACAUCAUUCGUCAUUGACUCGCAUGGUGAUAUAGAAUUAGAGUCAGAUGUUGAUGCAAAUGAUAAUUUAAAUGGUUUGGAUGAAGAUUCAGAUGGUUCAGAAUUUAUACCUGAAGAUGAUAAUAUUAAAACUAAAGACUGGUACCUAGCACAUUACUCAUCAAAAUUAUUAAAAUCAAUCAUGCAAUCAUACAUGAUGUUGGAUGGUGAUUAUGAAGAUGGAUUCGCUCACUUUAGAAUGAAUUAUCCUGAAGAAGCUAAAGACAAAUCAGUUGAAGAAAUCGAUAAAUGUUUUGAAUGUUUGAUUGAUAGUUUGAGAACGACCACUUUUGACAAAAAUACUGUUGAUAUGAUCGGUGAAAUGUUAAAGCAAAGUAACGAUGAAAGGUUAUUGGAAGAUAUUGAAACGGUACUUGAAAGAGUGCCUAGACUUUUAGAAAUCGACAUAAUUUAUAUUUAUUAUAUAAAUUUUGGCUCAAAUAAUCAAUCAGGUUAUGUUUAUUCGAUGGCAGAAAAGGAAAUUUUGAUGAAUGCUGCCUUGAAUAGAAGUGGAUUUUUGGUAGAUGCAGUUAAUGAGCUUCAAGAUCAAGGUUACUUUAAAAGUAAAACAUCAGGUCCUAUCACUUGUUUAUAUAGUAGAUUAUUGAGAUCAUUAGAAGCUAAAACAUUUUCCAAUAAUGAAAUAGAAUUUGUCAAAAAAUUAUUGACCAAUGUUCCAGUAAAUCAAGUGUUGGAAAUAGUUAGAAAGUGCAACCCUCCAGUUACUUUAAAUACGCUAGACAUACUUUAUCUUUACUAUAUUGAAAUACAGGAACAUUCGAUUCCCCAAACUUUUUGGAACGUUCGAGACAAGGCUAUGGUCUUACAUCACUUAUUGAAAAGAAAAGGAUCUAUUGAAGAGGCCACAAAUGACAUGAAGAAAAAUGUUCUUCAAGGUCGAACAAAUUCUGCAAUUCAACAUACUUAUUCAACAUUACUUGGAAUUUACGGUGAACAACUUUACACUGAUGACCAAAUCAAAUUGGUGGAAGAAAUUUUAAAAAAUUCAAAUGAAGACACUUUAUUACAAGAUAUUAAAUCGAAUGCUGAUAAAUUUUCCGAAUUAACUUUGUUGGAUGUUGUAUAUGUUUAUUAUUUAAAAGUUAAAAAAGUGUCAUUCAAAAAAUCAGAAUAUUCUGAAUUUGAAAAAGUUUUAAUACUUAAUCAACUAUUUCAAAGAAAGAAAGAUAGAACAAAAGUUAUUGCCGAACUACUCAAAACUCAUUUAUUUGGUAGAACACCAAAAGGUAUCUAUGAGCUAUACAAUUACACUAUUGCUGAACUUAAAAAGAAAAAAUAUACUACAGAACAAAUAACAUCAGUAGACACAAAUUUUCAAGAUGCAACUCCAAGCACCAUUUUCGACUAUCUCAUAAAUGAAAGACGUCCUUUUCAUUCAUCAUUAAAUUCAAUUGACGUCAUCUACAUUUAUUACGUUAAAAUUCUAAAAGUAUCAAGCCAUAAAUCUCAUUAUUCAAAGGAAGAGAAAGAAGUAAUGAUGUCUCGUAUUUUAGGAAGACAUUACUCCACUCUGGUCAAGGAAGUAUUCACAGACUUGAGCCAAAAUGACUUUUGGGGCCGAACAGAUCUGGGACUUGCAUCAACUUAUGGAGACAUGAAUUUGGAAUGUAAGAAGAGGGAAUACAAUAAAGAACAAAUUGAUUUAGUUGAUUCACUAUUUAGGGAUGUAUCAAACGCAAACUUAGUACAAAAUAUCAAAGCAAAGAUGAACCAGUUGUCACCAUUGAGUGUUUUAGAUGUAUUAUAUAUCCAUUACGUGAAGCUUGUUAAGUUAGAGGAAAGAGAAGAGUUAGUACUUCAAAAAAUAUUAAGUCGAGAUGGUAAUAUCGAUGAUGAGGUUUUAAAAUUACGUCAAAAUUACUUUUAUGAAUGGGACAAGUCAUUUGUACACACAAUUUAUAAUAAUGCUAUUGCUAAAUGUGAAAACAAAAAUUAUACUGAAGAAGAUAAAAAGAAGGUAAAUCAUCUAUUGAGAGACACAGAUGACAAAUCAAUUUUAUUGAAGAUAAAAUCAAACAUAAACCAAUUUUCUAAUUUAAACACUUUAGAAAUUUUAUACAUCCAUUAUGUCAUUAACCAGGAAAAAUUAACCCGAGAACAUCUUGUUUCAGCUGAUAUAAAUUUCAUCUUAUUUGAAAUUUUCAGUAGCUCCAAAACUGUGAAAGAUAAAAUUACUGAAUUAAAAACUAAAUAUUAUAAUCAUAAAACAGAAUCAAGUCUCAAAAAAUCAUAUGACAAAACAAUAUACCAAUUGAAUAGGAAGACGUACAAAGAUGAAGAAGUGGUUUUUGUCACAACCACAUUUGGGAAUACAAAGAAACAAAACCUUAUGCAUGAACUAGACUCGGCUGCUUUACCUGAAGGCUUAAAUGCUUUAGAUGUAAUUUUUCUUUAUUUUAAAAAGGUGACAAAAACAAAGGCUCCAGUAGAAGAAAGAUUUUCUGAAGAACAAAAGUUAGCAAUAUUACAUCAUUUGAUUGGAAAGAAAAAUUUGAGGAAUAAGAGUGUAUUAGCUAAAGCGGUAUCACAAAUUAAAAAAAAGUGUCCAAUUGACGCAAAAGAUAAUACUGUACUUAAUAUGUUUGGGAAGACUAUCGAAAAAUUGAGUUCAAUCACAUACACUGAACAACAGGUGCAAUGGAUUAAAUUAAAUUUUAAUAACACUAAGUUUGAUGAUUUAUUGAAAGAAAUUAAUGAAAAAAUCAAGCAAUCUCCUAAUUUGAGUAAGCUCGACAUAUGUUUCGUUUAUCAUACUGAAAUUAUAAAAUCGGUAACAAUCAAACAAGAUAGAAAAAAAGUAAGCUUGACAAGUGCUCCCAGUUUGGAAAAAGAUAGAAAAAAGGUAAGCUAUUUUAGUGCUUUCAGUUUGAAUCGAUCAAGAUUAGCAACCAAGCAAUCUAAUAAAGUUCCGUUAACAAAUACUGCCGUUGUUGAAAAUAAUACAAUUAGUGCUGAAGAAAGUGAAAUUGAAAAAGAUAGUGAUUAUGAACCUGAAAGAACAAGUAGAAGAUUAAAGAAAAGAAAAAUUGCAAAUACAUAA